AAUCGACAGAUUGUGCUUUUUGAACCAAUCAGAGCUGAAAGAUGUGGCAGAAUGUAGAACAUCCUGGUGUCAGUAAGUCUGCAUGCUAACUCUCUGCCACUUCAGUAGGCUUGACUGCUGCAAAUAAGUGGAAGUACUGAAGCAGAUGUGAAGAUGGUUUUCUUUGUCGCCGUGCUCCUGCUCUGUUAUCUGUGUGAAGCAGAGCUCAGUGACGUCUCUCAGCCCGUUUCGGCACGAACACUUAAGCUCGGAGAAUCGGUGACCAUCGAAUGCGUCUUAAAGAAUAUCACUGAUAAUAGAGUGUGGUACAAACUGACAGCAGACAGAAGACUGCAGGUGGUCGCAACUUAUUCUUCUCUCUACAAAUGGAGUGUGGUCGAUGAUGAGCUGAAACAUCGCUACUCAGUCUAUUCCGUUGGGAUCAAUAAUCACCUGACCAUAUCUGCAGCGUCUUGGGAUGAUGCUGGAACUUACUUCUGUGGAGUUUUGCGACUACAUUACAUCCAGUUUGGGUCGGGAACCUUGUUGAUGCUACAAGGCGUGAAGCUGAACCACUUUGUUAUCCAGCCGCCGAAAUCCCAGUCGGUCGGGUCAGAGGUCGCCGCGCCUUUCAGCUGCACUUUCAGCGCCGCUCAGUGCACAGCGGAGGAGACCGGCGUGAUGUGGCUGAAGACCUGUCAGCGUUCCGCUCCGGAAGUCAUUCACGUGUCUGGGAAAACAAACGGUUCCUGUAAGAGAACCGAGCGCGGAGGAACGACCUGCGUUCACAAGCUCCUCAUCAGAGACGUCGACUCUGACGGAGGUGGAACCGACUACUGCGCCGCCGCCGUGUGCGGAUGGACGCAGUUUGGAAAUGUGACCACGGUUUUUGACAGUGGACUGAACCCAGCUGUUGCUGCACUGGUGACAUCAAACAUCAUUUUUGGAGUCACGACUCUCCUCCUGUCCUGGCUGCUUUGUAGAUCCCGGAGAAAAGCUUCUGCUGGGGCCCCUGGAAGAACUUCAGUUGAUCAGAGUGAAGAAUCCGUCAUCUAUUCGAAUGUGUCUUCGCUCCGCCGAUCGUCCGCAGUGACGUACAGUGGAGUGGUUUAUUCUGACAUUAGAAGAUGAAGAACAGAACCAUCUUGGACUAAAGACAAAGCAGAAAUACAGAGUAUUGUUGAAUAAAUGUCUUUAAAUAAUUUAUUGUAUAAUAACAUUAAUACUAAAGCAUAACUUACUGAGGUAGCAAAGGGAAAAUCAAGAA